CCCCACUGGUGCUGCGGGCAAUGCGGGCGCGCGGAGAACUGGGCGUGCCGCAUCCAGUGCCUCUGCGGCCGCGACGCGCCUGCUGCCAUCCUCUCGCGUGCUCGCCAGAAGCACAAGGAGGCCGAUGCUGGCGGAGGCGGCGGCAAGAAGGCGGGCUUCAAGCAAGGAGGCCCGGCGACGCAGGGCAUCCCCAAGCAGCUUGCGGAGUGGAUGCAGGCCAUCGAGAAGCGCUUGGCGCCGCCCGACAAGGAGUGGCCCAAGCCUGGCGGCACAGCGCCGUGGCGCGAGGCCGCAGACGGCGCUUACCCUGAUAAGAAGUCGCAGAGUGCCAAGCUCGGCGAGCGGAUCACGGAGCUCGAGGGGUGCCUUCCGAAGCUUCCACCCGCCGACGAGCGCAACAAGGAUCUUCGGGGUCCGAUCGAGAAGCAGUUGGAGGCGCUGCGCACGGAGAAGCGUGCGCUACUGUCUCCCCAGGCCCUCCAUCGGCGCACGCAGCAGGAUUUGCAGCGGGCGCGGAACGGCCUGGAGAAGUUGGAGAAGGAGUCGGGUGAGAAGGAGCGCCAGCUUGAGGAGUUGGCCAAGGGCAUCGCGACGCGCAAGGAGACCACCGCAGCGAAGAAGUUGGAGGUGGCGGCGCUGGGUGCGGCGUUCAGCGAGUCGGCCAAGAACGUCACCACCGUUGCGGCCGACAUCGACCUGGUUGAGGACGUGGCCGACCAGCCCGACCUCGUCGCGCUCUUCAAGUCUGAGGCAUGCGUCAAGAUCAAGUCGGCGGUCGCCAGAAAGGUGCAGAAGCGGGCCCUCUAUCAUGCUCGGAGCGAAGGCAGCGUCGAUGACUUCAUGUCCGCCUUCGACACUAUGUGGUCCGAGCUGGCGGUCGAGCCGACGGUCGGCGCUGAGUUCAGCAUCGAGACCUACAACGCCAGCGGCGGCAAGGCGUCCGUCAAGAAGCGCCUCGCCAACACGAUGGCGAGCGUGGUGCUGCUGCAGGAGUUCGUGCACAUCAGCGAGCACGUCGAGGUCGUCCCGAACCGAGUUCAGAAUGUUCUCACAGAUAGACCCGAGCUGCCUGUCGGCCUGCAUGCUUUCAACGUGUACCUGCACACUGGUGAGGGCGCCGCUGGCCGCAACGGCAGCCUGUUGCAAGAGUUGGGCCUCGCUGCUGAGGCACUGGGCGGUCCAGUCUUCAUUGGCGGUGAUUGGAACAUGUGCCCAGGCGAGUUGGAGGCGAGCCAGUUCCCCGCUCACGUUGGCCAUCGGCCUGUUCAUAUUGCCCUCAAAUGUGAUGCUGAGCACGUCAAGCGGCUGGUCUACACGGUGGCGCCAAAGAUGGGCACCCAGAUCAUCAUCGGGCCGCAAGUGCAGCCGCCCACCUACACCAGCGCUCGGUGUGUUGCCGAAGCUACUGUCCAGUCGCGUGGCGAUCCUGAGUCUCCCCCUGGAUUUGGAUGGGGCCUUUUCUCGGCGGCGCGGGGCCACCUCGCUGUCGCAGCCGCAGGGGCUAUCGCGAACGCUGUGGGUCAUCAGGAUCGCAGAGUUCUUUUUGGUUUCGCUCGGUACUUGCAACCUCGGUGGGCCGACGUCACCAAUGCGGUCAAAGACGCGUCCGACCUGCAGGCUGAUGCCGAGGGUUGGCAAUGGUUGAAGUCUUCCCUCCUCAGCAUCAUGCAGUGCAAGACGGUGGCCAACCCGGCCGUGCCGGACCUGUCGUUGGCUGCCGAGGAGAUCCUCAACUUCGCGACGGCCAACUACCAUGGGCAGGGCCUUGCCGCGCGCCUCGAUCGAUCUGUUCAGCAGGCGCGCGGCGUGGUGCAGGCUGGCUUUGAGGAGGAGGCAUGCCGCGAGCUCCUAGGGGACAUUGAGCCCGACGUCAAGCUCGCGGUCAACGGAGCUACCCAGGAGGACCGCCAGAAGUGGAAGGAGUGGUGUGCCAUGGCCGUUUCCAAUG